AUUUUCCAUUUCUGUUCGAAUAUUUAUCUAAAAUCACUUAAAUUUUUAGGAGUUAACCUGAAUGACUUUCUAGUUAACGUAGAAAGUCUCCAGGAAGUAUUAAAGAAGACAGAUUUAAGCCAUAACAUGGAAAGCAUAAUUCAAUUUUCAGUUAAACCACACACUCAAGGUCAUUAUGUACAUUAUCAAAGUACCAGAAGUUACAUGGGUCCAAUUGUUGUGGGCAUUUUAAAGAAAAUAGCUUUGGAAUUAUACAAUCUCAUUACAGUUAUUAAUGUAAUAAAAAAGAAUAAAGAUUAUUAUAUUUUCGACUUAAAAUAUAAUAAUGCACAGAGUUCUUAUCAAGAAAUUCUUUCAAAAAAUCCAACUGACUUAAAGGUUCCAGUGACUACCUUCUAUCGAACUUUUCCAUUUUAUUUUAUUAUCGAUAAUUCACUUGAUGUAAUUCAGAUAGGUAGAGGUCUCGUUAAACUAUUAAACCUUCAAGAUGUAAAAGAAAAGAUUAAAUUCUCUUCGAUUCUGGAGAUCGUUUCACCAAAAAUAACUCCAAGUUUUAAAAAUAUUAUUAAUAAAAUUAACACUACGUUCAUCAUUGCCUUGAAGGACAAAGCACAAUAUGAUACAAAUAAGGUAAAUCUUCAGACAUAUUUCUUUUUAGGUUUAAAAUAUAAAAAAAAAUCAUUUUUUUUAGAGAUAAGCAUCAAAGGACAGAUGAUUUACUGUGUGGAAUCGAACACCAUUUUGUUUCUCGGCUCUCCUGUUGUAAAAAGUCUGAAAACAAUGACAGGAAGAGGUUUACAUAUGUCAGAUAUCCCUAUACACGAUGCUACCAGAGAUAUAUUGUUAGUGGAAGAACAGUCCAGAGCUCAGGAUGGUCUUAAAAAAAGAAUGGAUAAAUUGAAAACUUCAAUCCAGGAAGCGAGUGAUGCUGUUGCUGAAGAAAGAAAGAAAAAUGUGGACCUUCUAUAUUUAAUUUUUCCAGCCCAAAUUGCUAAAAAAUUAUGGUUAGGUGAAACAGUAGCUUCUCAACAGUUUGAUGAAGUUACCUUGCUAUUUUCGGAUAUUGUUGGAUUUACAUCCAUUUGUUCUUCAGCUACACCUAUGGAUGUGAUUACAAUGCUGAAUGAAUUGUACACUCAAUUUGAUGUAUUUUGUGAAGAAUUGGAUGUUUAUAAGACAGAAACUAUCGGAGAUGCAUAUUGUGUGGUUGGAGGAUUGCAUAGAACUAGCGAAACCCAUGCAAUUCAAACAGCAUGGAUGGCAUUAAUGAUGAUGGAAACUGCUCAGAAAUCGAAAUCUCAUGAUGGAAAACCGAUUCAGAUGAGGAUAGGUUUACAUACGGGUACAGUUCUUGCAGGAGUUGUUGGAGUGAAGAUGCCAAGAUAUUGCUUGUUCGGGCAUAAUGUUACUAUGGCAAACAAAUUUGAAUCUGAAAGCGAAGCUCUUAGAAUUAAUAUAAGUCCUACUACUCACAGGAUUUUAAAUGCAGCUGAAGGAUUUACAUUCACAGAAAGACCCAAAGAAUGUUUGCCAAAAGGAUUUACAGAAGAUGGAACUUGUUACUUUUUAGACAAUUUUAAACAUCCCGAAAUUAAUGAAUCUCUUGGAGUUUUGGAACACAUAAGACUGGCUUUCAAAGAUCUGAAUCUGUCAUCUUUGCAACAAACUUGAAAUACUAUUGAAAAUUAAAGUUUAAUAUAUGUAGAACAGCAAAUUACUUAUUGUAACUAUGGCUGUAGAAUCAAUUUUUGG